AUGGCAAGCUAUGGCUUCUCAUGCUAUAUUUGUGGCCUAGAAGUCGAUGAUCCAAUGAAACUGGAGAUCCAUCUCAACAUCCACGCGGGAGCACUGAUGUUUGAGUGCGGCCACUGCGAAAUGGCUUAUUCCAACGAGAGACAACUUAGAGCGCACCUCGCACACACGCACCCACAGGCAGGAGACCCUAUUCGAUGUUCCUUUUGCCCUGAGCUGUUUGCUUCUACAACUAAGGCGGCGGCUCACGAACGCCUUCACACCAAGGCCCGUUGUCCCAUGUGCUUGUCAACACAAUCGGUUAACCUACCGCCGUGCACUCUCUAUCUGCACAGUCAUGCUAACAGUCUGCAUAGGAAUCAAGUCCCUGAGCUUCUUCGCAAGUUCAAUCUCUUAGAGGGGCUGCAUGCGGAACACUCCGCUGAUAACAUAGCUGACAUUAUGGCAAAACGAGGACUCACUGGCAGCUACAAGCUUGACCCCGCCCUAAUCCCUAAGCUCUGUGAGCCUUGUGACAUGAUCACAAUGAACAAACCGUCGAAGGUUGUUCUGCACAAGCUAUUCUCUCCGCGCAGUAGUUCUCUAGUGGCUGCGGAGAUAGACACGUUCUACUCCAUCCUAGGCAUUAGCAAGGCCAAGAUCAGACAUAUAGACAUGUUUCAAAUAUACCGCAUUGCUCCUUGCUGUGGCCGACAAUUUGAUACAUUGGGACGGUUCAAUCGGCACGUCAAGGCCUGCUAUCCAGAGGUUUAUCAGAACUUGAUGAUUAAAGAUACCACAAUAGCUGCCCCAUCAAAUAUUACAUACGCCAAGAUAAAGGCUAAGCAGCUUGCUCGGAAGGAGAACAUGAUAGCCAAGUCCUCUCAAAGCAAUUCUGCAGAGAAGGAUCAACGUCCCAAAUUCGAGUGCCCCGUUUGUCACAAAGAACUUUCUGCAGCUACUUUUCUAACCAACCAUAUCAGGAGGCUACAUCCAGAAAUACAGUUAGCAAAAAUGAAGGUGAAGAGGGUAAAAAUUUAG